AUGUCGCUGAAGCGCAAACAUGAUGAGCAGAGGGAAGACGACGGCAAGGAGGAGCACAACAACGUAUUUCGGUCCUCGCCUAUAGAAGACCGCGCCUCAACGUUCAUCGGCUAUUUCUCGCCAACCCUCAAACCCAAAGAUCUCCAAAACCUCGCCGAGUUCCAGAGCGCUUCGCACAAGAUCGUCGCAUGGCGGCGCGAGAGCAACCAGCAGUCGAUCAACAAAAGCAAACAGUAUGUGACUGGAUGCGACGACGACGGAGAGAAGUUCGCAGGCAAGAAGGUGGAGAAAGUGCUUGAAUACUCGAACGUGGAGGGAGCCUGCCUCGUUGCUCGAUGGUACGGAGGUGUACUCCUCGGACCCGUCAGGUUCACGCACAUUGAAACUUGCGCGAAGAACGCGAUUAGCGCAUGGAAAGAGCAUGAACAAGAGUCGCGGAUGAAAAAGAGAAGGCUGGCAGAAGACGAAGCUAUGCGGACGAGACUUUGCAAGACACUGGUCGAGAGAGAUCAGAGCAUAACGGUGUUGAGGGAGCUGGCUGCGAGUAAAGAGCUGAUGGCGAAGAAGGCGAAAGAUGGGUUGGAGAAAGAGACUCUACCGAGUUCAGAUCCCCCAAAGCCCGGCGCCAAUCCUACCAUCGACUAUACUGCCAUGCCCUUGGACAGGCUGAAAGCUCUAGAGAAGGCGAGGGAUGCGACUCUAGGCUUUCUUUUGAAGCGCAUCGACAAGGCGGAGGCCGAGCUGAGUGUGGAGCAGAAGCCCGCAGAAGAGCCACCAUAG